UUUUGAGUCAUUUUAAGCCUACACGAGCCAGAAAUGUCAAGCUCGGUACAGCUUAAGAUUGAAACAGCAUUGAAACUCAAGUCCACGUUGAUAUGUACAUUUUUUUUUUAUUUUCGUUUGUAAAAUGCAUGAUAAUUGCAUGAAAUCGACCCCAUAAAGUAACAGAAUUUCUUAAUUUUUAUGAGCGAAUAUUGCUGUACAAGGUGGUUUACAUCUUAACGUUAAGACAUAAUAUGGAGUCCUCUUAGGUUGGAUUAAAUUUCUUUGCCGUCGUGGAAGCUGUGUGUUUCUCUAGAUUGCAAAACUUUAAGCGUUUUUGGAGGAUUCGGAUUUUUUUUUUCAUACUUUUAAUUCGCUGCAGGAGUCUUAAAGCACACUUGAAAUGAAACGUAUGAGAGUUCCAUUUUUAUUCUAAUAUUCACAGCUUGCUGGCUUGGCUGAAAACCACACGAAAAGAACGCUACGUCCCCAAAAAAGGUUAAUCUGUUUGAUUUACAUUUAAAAAUCUUGUUUAAGGUGGUUGAAAAGCAACGCUUGUUUCGACAUACAGUGCGGGGGGGAGGGGUGUAUUUUAAUCAAAUUUUUACUGUCACGAUUAGUUGGUUGACUCUACGUAAUGAUCACAUUAUCAUUUUAUCAUUAUUUUAAAAGGAAAUGAUAUAUGAAAAAGUGAUAGAACAAAAAUUCGUUCUAUUAAACACGGCUUACCAUAUGAUAAUUUUCAAAAGCUGUUUGGCCCUCAGAAUAAUUCAUGAUUGCUGAUGAUUGUCAGCUAUUGACAAGCUUUUGUUUCGUGUAGAGCAGGAGGUGCGACACCAGUGCAAGUAUAUUUUUCGCUUUCUCGUUAUUAGAUCAACUUGAAGCGAUCAUGGACUCUCUUGGUCCUGUAAAUCGGAAAGGAUUUCUCAAUUUCAAACAUCCGUGCUGUAUUUGUUUAGACACUGGGUCGCGAUUGGUUGACGGUUUGUUUAGCUCUACAAGGCGUAAUGUCACACAUGUGAAUGAGUUCAGGCGCUGGCCAAUCAGCGUCGAGGAUUGUCCCAUUCACAGAGAGACAAGCAAUUUCUCGGUUUAUUUUCGAAAUCUUCUAUUCGAGAAUGAUCGCACGGUGUAGCUGGAUCGCGAUUCCCUUCCAUUUGCUUGCUGAUCGGUUUGUGUAGUGAUUUCAGGAAUGUGGACCAAGAACUAAACGCCAAAGAAAAUAUGAAUCGUAAAGGGAGAGUUCGGCGUGGAAAUCCUGCAAGAAAAUCAAGUGAAUAUGGCUUUAUCACGGAAGAUACAAAGAUCGCUCAAUGUGGUAAUCAAGACAUUUUAAGCGUAAACAAUCAGUUGCCAAAAAAUUCGGCGAAAAGAAAUCUGUCAAAAGAAAUCGACGAUGAAUCGCAUUGUAAAAGGCAGAACUUUCAUUUACGGGAAGAAAGUGCCAACUCGGUCGGAAACUUUGACGGGGAUGCUUUUGUUCCACCGAAAUGCACGACACCAGCUGUUUCGUUAACGCAAGGUACUGAUUUUAAAGCGAAAUCUCCUCAGAAAAGAAAGAAAGGAGUUGAUGACGGCAAUUCAAUCAAGAAGGCCGCGAGCGGGUGUGACGUUUCUGACGGCUCAUCGUCAACCGUUGCUAGGCACUUAGCUUUUCUUGAAAGCACCAACGGUGCUAACAAUUUCCUAGAGGACGAAAAUACUGAUAGUGCCAUCUCAGAUGAAGAAUUUGAAGGAGCAAAUGGAUAUGGGAAAGUUAAUAAUCAGCAAAAGACUCCAAAACGACCUGCCAGCCGAAACCGAGGAGAGAACAUAGUUUCAAGGACGCCCACUCCCACACAACAGAAAUAUAAGAAAGGUGAUAUUGUACAAAUGGAGAACGGAGUGCGGAAGAAAUUUAACGGCAAACAAUGGAGACGGCUUUGUUCGAGAGAGGGGUGUAACAAGGAGAGCCAGCGGCGAGGCUAUUGUUCUCGUCACCUGUCAUUAAAGGGCAAGUCCCUGACGAAAGGCAUCGGAAUUCCUGGACAGAAAAAAGGCAAAUUACAUGGUAAAGAACUUACCUGGGAAUCUGGCAACGAAAGUGAAGGAAGUGUAGAAGGAGAGGUGUCGAGUAAAGGAACUGCUAACCACAAGGACUUAAAUGAUAAAGAAGCAGAGGCUGCGUUUUCACUCGUCUCACUGAGCAAUUCAAGAUGUGCCACACCAUUUUCUAACCCUGCCACACCUUUGCCAAUUUCACCUGGACCUGGCCAGUGUCAAUCUCCUUCACCCUACAGCAACUGUUACAGUAAUCGCAGUACCACCCCAGGUCAGCAUCGGUCAGUUACACCGGUGAGGACCUGGGCCUCCGCCACACCCCGUUCUGGAAGGUCAUCAAGUGCAGAGCUGCUCUCACCUUUCUUCCCAAAUGGAUUGUCAUUAUCAAAUGCAGUGAGUCCUGAUUCUGGAAUUCUCUGUCGUGACGAGUCUGGAAGCCGUGCGAGUAACACUUCAUCUUUAAUGUCACCGUUACCUCUGCUUUCACCUAUCACUCCAACCAAAAGAACUUUCUCUCCUAUUUCGCCUCCGGCUGGUUCCUCCCGGUCAUUUUCACCCAUUCCAUGCACUCCACCUGCAAUAUCUGGGAAGAGAACAUUUUGUCCUGUGUCACUACCUGCGCCAUCAGCAAUAACCCCACCCAGAGACAAGGCAGGCAGGGUUAUGUACUCUCCCAUACCUGCCCAGUCGCUUCCUUUGACUUCAAACAGUACAUUUGUACCAUUUUCACAAGAUACUAACAAGAAAAGUUAUCCUGAUCAGGAAAGAACUGGUGAUAGUGAAGAGGACAAUGUUAAGCAGUCUACGUCGAAUUCUGAAACUGCUGAGGAAGACACUGAGUCAAAAGAGCAACUGCUAAAGGAUAACGACAACUCAGGCAAAGCCAGCCAAAGAGACCAGCAAGAUGGCAAUUCAACUGAAUUAAUUCCUGAAGUACAACUACCUCCAGUGCAGGUCAACACCAUUCAGAUUUCUGUCUAUCCUUGGCAGUGUUUGGUUCCACAACUGUUUAAUGUAGCCGCAAACAGUUUGUCGCAGCAGAACACUUGUAAUGUUGUUACAUCACAAGAGGGACAGGAAAAUGCUGAUUGUGAGCAGAACAGAAUGGAAAGUGCUAGUGACAGUGCAAAUCAUGGUAAUGCAGGAGAAAGGAGGCUUGAAAGCAGGUUGCAAGGAAAUAGUGGACCAAACAAUAGGAAAAGAACACGGUCAUUAUCAUUCAGCAGUCAAGACGAGGGAAAGCCUGCUGCCAAGGUGCAGGCAUCCAGUUAUCCAUCAAGACAAGAAAAAGAACACAUUCGUCGCCCAAUGAAUGCGUUCAUGAUCUUUAGUAAGCGGCACAGGGCUCUAGUCCAUCAGAAGCAUCCUCACCAAGAUAACAGGACGGUGAGCAAGAUACUUGGUGAAUGGUGGUAUAACCUUGGAGCCAAAGACAAACAAAAAUACAUUGACCUUGCAGCCCAGGUCAAAGAAGCUCAUUUCAGGGCAUACCCACACUGGAAGUGGUGUACUAAAGACAGGAAAAAGUCACCAAGGAAAGUUUCAGACAGAACAGAGUCCAGUGAUUCCAUGGGAGGAGAUGGUAGCGAAUAUCAAAGUGAUAUAGUGAUGGGAAGUGAAGAGCAUGAAGGUGUUUUUGACAACGAUUGUGAAGAACCCUCAGAUGCUAAGCCUAGACUGAGAUGUAAGCGCUCACAGAGCACUCCAGCAAAUCAACAGGAACCUUCCCUGAAGGAAGCUGUGCAUCGGCCGUACACACCCCAGCCUCCUCCCCCAACACAGCACUCACUCUUUGAGCUGGCACAGAUGUGUUCCGAACUAGAUGAAACCACUGUGCCAUCUGCCAGACCACCAGUGUCCGAGGACAGACACAUCUCAUUUGAACAAGGGACCACCGAUACAAUGAGCGAAUCAGAAGAUGAUGACAUUGGCUCGGAAGAACUGAUGUGCAAUGAAAACAUUGACGUGAAUGACAAGGAGUCUGAUGACUCCGAUGAUGAAGAGCUGACUAACAGGGUGUUUCCUCAGCAGAGGUUUUCCCCUGUGCAUUUCACUGCGAGACGAAGCCAGACCCCGGACAUUGGCAAGAUCAGGUACUCACCUAUUGAAUUUCCUGUCAAGAGAGCAGUGACUCCAAACAUGUAUGAACAAAUGAUCAAAUCAUCUGACAUUAGCAUUUCCUCGAAACCACCUUCCAAAAUGGUUGACUUUGGUUUCAGGGCACCGAAAGGGCUGCCUCAUUCAAUCAAAAGUACAGAUAAAAAUGAAAGCUCGUCAUCUUUGAGUGGCCACUUUGUACGCCCCAAGCAACCAAUGGGUAAGAGCCACUCACCAGGGCUCACUGUGAGUGGGCACUUUCAGCCAACAGGGUCAGUAUUCAGACCAAGCCAGCCUUCCAGCGGUAAUGGAAGUUCCAAGCUUAACUCAUCUAUCUGUGAGAGUCCUUCUAAAGCUGUUGUGAGCUCAUCUGAUGUGUCCCAUUCAUCGUUUUCUCAACCGGCACUGUUUCCCAGUCACUUCACGAAAUUUUCUUCAAAUGCGCACAUGCCUUCAACAAACAACUUGGCAAACAAUGCAACUCUUGGAGUACAAGCGAAAUCUCCUGUUACUUCUUUCAAAGGCAACAGUCAAGGUGGACUGCCAUUGGGUACCAGUGCCCCCGUUUCAAUAGUACCAUUUCCUGGCCAAAAGGAUACCAGCCUCGCAAAUUCUGGAAACUUGACAAGCAGGCCUCUAACAGGUUUUCAAGUGCCAUCAGCCGCUACUAUGUCCAGUCACGUGACUUGGCCAGGGGCUCCAGCGUCCAGUUCUUUGGCUCCUCUGACAGUGUCAGUAGCUACCCACACAGCUCCUCCGUUUCACCAACCUAUCAAAAGCACCCCCGUUCAUUCACCGGGAGCCAAGGGACUGCAGCUGAAACCCAUAGCUCCCUUGCUGUCACCUCCAUUGGUGGCCACUUCUACCAGUGGUUUGCACAGUGGGGAGAAGACAUCCGCAAGGGUUCUACUGGCAAAGAAGCCCGCACCCCUCUCAGGUGCUGUUCAAACGGCUGGAAAACGAAAUAUGAUGGUGGAUACAAAACAAGCAUUUCCGUCCCCUGGAGGGGUAGGGUAUCAUAAUGUAAAUCCUGUUGUGUUAAAUGGAAAUCACGGGGUCGUGUCGCCGCUUUUACAAAGCCCACCAAGGCCAAGGCAAGUUCCCUCCCCAAGAACGGCUCAUGGUGUUAACACUGGUGUAGCAGUAAGACCAGCCCCACGGUCACCAAGACUGGCCACGCCCGACACUAACCAACUGUCGCCUAAAGGAGGGAACUUUUUCUCGGGGCCAUAUCCCCGAACUGAGAAGGUGGCGACACCCUCCACAAGCUGUUCAUCUUCUAGAGAAGCAAGCCACACAGUCACAACAAACAGUCACAGGCAGCCCAGUAAGCCACAGCAAGCCAUUUUUGAGAAGAAUCUUCCAUGCCCUGUUGAUACACAGGCAUCCCAACUAGUAGGAGAUGGUGGCGACUGUAAAGGUCUGUCCGGUGACUCAAAGUCUCACGUUAAUUCAAAAACCAUCCUGAAGAGGUUUAUUGCUGAUGGAAUGGAGGAAGUUCUAUCGGAAGUAAACUUCGAGAGGCAGUUUGCAGAGCUACCCGAAUACACACCUUACCAUCGUCCAGGCCGCGAUGUUAAAGCAGCUACCAACAGACGCGCUGUUGUAACAGGAAACACGCCAAACGCUGAAGACGACGGUGUGCCAACAGCCACUUCUGCGUCAGAAAGACCGUCUUGUGCCAAUGGAUUAGGAGAAGGAGGCCAAGGAGCUGGUCACAGAACCAGCAACAUGCCAAGUCUGGAAGCUCUCGCAGAGGUCGCCGCCCUUGAGCAAGGUGGUGGUCUGAAGGAGGCGGACAAGGAAGACAAGGCAGAACCAAGCAGUCCCACCCUCUCCUCCCACAAAAAGCCAGUGGAUCAGCGACGCAGUGUGGUCCUUCAGCUCUUCCAGGAACAUGGGUACUUUCCUUCCGAUGGCGUCACGUCUGUGUUUCAGCAGCGACAUUCAGAUUUGUUCCCUACCAAACCAGCGCUGCAACUCAAGAUUAGAGAGGUCCGACAAAAGAUCAUGCACAAAACUGGGGCCAAUAGCAAGUGAGGUGCGAUUAACGUAUCAAAAUAUAAUCAUUUAUGUUUCGAAUAGUGUUGCAAAGUUUCCUUAAACGUAUCUGAUGCGAACAUGACCAGAUCUUAAUUCCACGUUCGAGAUGUCUAAUCUACUUCAAUGUCUGAAAAAUUUGUUCAUCGAUCAUUUUUUUCCGCCGUAAAAUUCGCUAAGGAAAGUUUGAAGCACUAUUUGCACAAUUCUAGAAGCUGAGACGCUACACCAUUAGCCACGUUUACGCUUGAAGUAAAUUUUGAAGGCUGUCUGAGAGAACUAAUAACGGAAAUGAUAAUAUUCAUAAUACAGUUUGAUCGUAAAAAAAGUUCUCCGAAACAAGUCUAAGACUAGAUCUAUUUUCUGAGCAGAAAUCAAUUUUCCUUGGACUGCAUUGUCAGUAAAUAGUUUUAUGCUGUAAGGCUGUUUCCAUAUUCUUGCUACAAUCGCUGACCUUUUUUGCAGCGACCGUAGUGGUCAUAUGAAUCCGGCCUUAUCAGUAAAUCGCAUGGUGUCUUUCCAUUGCAUGUCAAAAUUGCACGUGCGAAAAUUGCACGUCGUCAUAAGCACACUGAUUGGCUGAAUUGUUAAGAAAGCCAAUAGACAGACUUCAAAAUUUGGUCUCAAUUGAACCAAGACUCGAGUUUAGUCUAUGGUAUAAAAUACUCAUACUUGUCUACUCAAAAUGUGUUCGAGUUGACACGGUUUGCUGUUUCGAAGUAAGAAUACACUACAACGCAAUAAACUCGUUCUGGUUUUGUAACAAGACUGUUAAGAUUGUCUUAAAGUGUGCACAAAGUUUGGUUUGAUGGACAAAGAUGUUGCUCGCUGCAAGUGAAAUUCAUUUUAUCAGAGUGGGUUAUUUACUUCGCUUCUGUCCAGUCAGGCCCUGAUGUUAACGUCGCACUGUUACGGUUCCCGCAUCGAGGGAAUUCAUUCAAACAUUAUCUCAGUAACUUAUAGGUGUAGUAAUGCGAUUAAACGGAUUAAAACGGGCCGCUCGACUGAGGUGCCGAUUGUCGAUCAGUUCGGUUCGUUUUGAAGGUUCAGACCAAAUGAUAUUCAGAGAACGAGUUGCUGAUACUGGUGUUUUCGUAAUUUAAAAUGUUGUUCUUUAGUGGAUCAAAACGAAGGUUGCUGGCUUUUUGAUACAAGUGAAAUGUCCGUCACCUUUUCUCGAGUGUUCCUGGUCGUUUUAGAUCGUAAAGUGGUGUACAUAUGAGCUUCUUAGAGUCUCCUCAGAGGGUAGACCAAUUAGGAUAUCCGCUAGUUUCGUUUAUGUUCCACUCGUGGUAUUUAAACAAAUUAUUCGUCAUAUUGACUUCGUUUUUGGCCGCCAUAUUGAAUAGUGGAGCUCAGAUCCGACGAUUUGUUCCGAGCGACGUCGUCGAGAGUUUUUCGGAAAGUUCAACAUGGCGUCCGCCACGUGUUUUAAGACUGGGAGUAGCAGUAGAGAGUAGAAUAAUUUUAUUAUUUAUUGAGUUAACCGACUGGUGUGUAUAGUUGUAAGAUAAUUGAGAAGGUUAUAGAGUGAUUUUAUGGUGGAUGUAUAUACAAUGGUUUAAUUUCCUUUUUAUCUUACAUAUAUAUAUUGCGAAAUUUCUGUUAUGUUUGUAGAACUUAAGUUAUCGCUCUGGAGUGUACUACUACAGAUGUUUAACGAAUAAUGCUUUCAGUAUACUAUUGUUCGCAUGCAACACAGGGGAGGAAGUUACCUUUACACGGCUGAUUCGUUCCACUUAGCAAAUUUUCGCUCUCUUCAUCCAUGACAUGCCAAUUUCGUGAUAAAGAAAUACAAUUUCUGAGCACAUUAGCCAAGGCUAAGGUUUUGUCUUGCAACAAAAGUGAAAGUUGUACUUUGCUAUCCUUAUUCCUGUAAGUCGAUUUGAAAGUAUUUCUUUUUGUUUUUCUGUCCCUUCAAAUCAUAAUUUUCGUUGAAUGACGUUUGUAGGCUGCAGACUGCGGACUUCUUUACUAAUAUUUUAUUCCCAUUUCCAAAACUAAGAGCUAUUACAUUAAACAGGUUAACCUGAGCGCUAUUUGAGCUAAUCUGAGUGAUAUUCAGGCCAACCAAAGUGCUAUUUAGGUUUAAUUGUAGUCUGUAGUCUGUAGUCUGCAGUCUGUAAAUUUCAUAUUGCAGGUUUUAUUUUGAUAGUGUGACCAAAGUAUUUCCGUUACUUGGGUUAAGCGUUGCGUGACGACUCAAAUAACAGCCGCGAGAGAGACAGCGUGAUCUGGGCUCCUUAAAAUUUAAGGAAAUGCGCAGUAGUGUAAAUCAGCUGUUGAUUGACUGCUUGUUUUGAAAACAACCAAUCAACGCCUCGGAUAAAGCCUGCGAGUAAGCAAUCCUGAACUGUAGAAUUUGAAAAUGCCAUCGCCAUUGCCUUAAAUACGGACGCCUUUUCGUACUCGUUUCAUUUUAAAUAGUUUAAGAACUCCUCUAGAGUGGUUGUCAACCGAGUGUCGUAAGACUAAAACCAAAGUUAUCACUCUAGCCAAUCACAAAGGACGUAGACAAUCCACUGAACCAAUCAGAACUCCAAGUAAUGGCAUGUAGCUGACACAAAGCGCGGGAAAACGAGUGCGAGUGAGCUACAAUUGGUUUUGGUUUUACUUCUGAUUGGAUGAAAAAGUGG